AAAAACCAAACACACCAUCUCUCGCUAGCCCACCCUUUAAUCAGGUUACAGCAGAAUCGGAUGACGUAGGGUUUCCAAAAUUUAUCACGGUUCUUUCCGUGUCUCUACGGUCCUCACAAGAAAAACUUCCCGAAUUCCAGUAAUCAAUCCCGGAGCCAAUUUUUUUUUUUUUUUCCAUAAAACGUACAUCAUUUUAUCGCUAGCCCUUGUUGUUUGUUAGAUUUUAUUUUGAAUCUGUGUUUUCAUUCGUGAUAUUAAUGUAGUGUUGUUUGAUUUUUUGGCGAAAUUAUUGUUCGCCUAUUUUAUUUUGGUUUUCUCUUGUUUCGAUUUGGGCGUUCCAAGAUUGUGAUUCAGCAUUGAAAUAAUUUGCUGGAGGAGCUGUAACUAGGGUUUUAGUGAUAGUUUUGUGGGGUUUUCUUGGGCGGCAAUGGAGGGAGGUGAUCGGACCUUUAGGGUUAAUUUUGGAAGCGAAGGAGUCGCGCGGCUUCGCGAACGAAUCAAUGAGAAGCUCAAGGAAUACAUGGGCGAUUACACGGACGAGACUCUCGUGGAAUAUGUGAUAGUUUUGCUAAAAAAUGGAAGGUGCAAGGAUGAAGCCAAGUCUGAGUUAGAUGUCUUUCUUGGAGAUGACAGUGAAUCUUUUGUAUCAUGGCUCUGGGAUCAUCUAGAAUCUUCCCUAAAUUUGUAUGUGCAACAACCAGAACUUCAUCUUGAAGGAGCAUUGAAAACAUCUGCAGCAGAGGAGCAAAAUGGACGAACUGAAUCACACAAGAUUGAAUCUGUUGUUGAAAUAGGAAGCAAAAGUUCUGAUAAGCAGAAGAAACAGGAAAAGAAAGGUUCAGUGAAGGUUGGAAGUGACAGUGAAAAUCCCAUUCCUCAAAAUACUGUGGCUGGCAAUGCUGAUGUCAAGGAUGAAACUCAUCAUAGACUUGGUCGUGCAAAACGGUUGUCUUCUCAAGUGUCAAUUGAGAAGAAAAGGAGGCGACAUGAUGAGCAUCGGCCAGUGAAGAGUGAAAUUUCUCAAACAACUGUUAGUGCACCACGUAGGCUGCUUCAAUUUGCUGUACGAGAUGCUGUAGCUACUUCGUUGUCUUCCAGUACAGCAUCAGAACCUUCAAGAAAGCGUUUGAGAUCUGUUGUUUCUACUUCAACUGGUGAUUCUUUUCAUGGAGAACGCCCUCAGAGAAUUCGGACAGAACCUGGGUCACGCAGUGCAAUGUCUGUUGCCAUUAAAGCUGUGGCUGAUGCUGUUAAAGAUGUGAAUAAAGUUAGGCCCUCCCGCAGUGUGUUUGACAGACUUGGUCGUGAUAAUAAUUUAAGAAAUACAAAUCAAAUAAAGGAACAAAGUGGUGUUAUAGAAGAUGAAGGUGAUGGAUACUUUGCUGGUGAAGAAGAGGACAUUCACUUUGCUUAUCAGCGACGUAAUGGUAACAGUUUGCAGCAAGACGUUAAUAUGACAGAUUUCAAUGAUGACACCACUAUGCCUUCUGAUUUGGGAUAUGGUGACGGCUAUAAUGUUGAUGUAAUUGGUCACAAGAACGCUCAUGCAUACGAGGUCCCCUCCUCUGCUGGAGACUGGGUUGAGUCUGAAAUGCCUCAGUAUCGUUUGGGUAAACAUGCAUCCGUUCCUAGUACGUCUCGUAAACUUGUUUCAUCAAUCAAUGUAGAUGCCCCAAAAUCUCAGUAUAAGGAAGUGAGGAAGGUAUCAGAGUCGGAUGGCUACAACAUGAUACCAGGUGCUGGCACAAUGCCUCGCAAACCACAAGCCUUAUUGACGAAGGAGAAAACUGAUCUUAGACACGCUUUACUUAAAAAUUUAAAGCCAGAUGUUGGCCUCCAAUAUGAAUCCCAAAAGACUGAGUCACCUGCUGGUUUAUACUCAACUGGCCAACCUACAGAAGAUGCUGAAACAAGGACCAUCUUUGUUAGUAAUGUUCAUUUCGCUGCCACAAAGGAUAGCCUUUUACGACACUUCAACAAGUUUGGAGAAGUUCUUAAAGUGAUUAUUAUGACUGACCCUUCCACAGGGCAACCAAAGGGGUCUGCUUAUAUCGAAUUCAUGAGAAAAGAAGCUUCUGAGCAGGCUUUAUCCUUGGAUGGCACCUCUUUUAUGUCUCGACUUCUCAAGGUAGUAAGAAAAAGUUCUGCUCAACCCGAAACUACAUCUGCUGUGAUGUGGCCUCGGGUUGCCAGAGCAUCUCCUUAUGCUGCUGCACCCAGACUUGGGAGAGUUCCAUUUGGCCGAGGUUUUCCCUCUCCCUACCGGAGUCGUAUGCCAACAAAGCCCGGUCCAAGAAGUUUCCAGUGGAAGCGCGACACCCAGCCUGUCGCCACUGAUGCUCCAAGUCAGACGUCCAACAGUAUUGCUCCACCACCCCCAACACGUAGCCUCACUUACAUCCGAACAGAGGCUAAAACUGAAGAGGUCAAGAUCAAUGAAACCUCGGGUACUGCUUAGGCUCUUGGAACCAUGCCCGACAAUUUUGAAUUGGAGCCUCAUGAGUUGCUGCUACACAAGGUUUGAAUAUUUUUGCAAUAUUAUUUUGGUAUUAGUUCGAUGCGUGGUGAAAGCCUGAAGUAUCCUCUGCUUUUUUUCUGUGAAUACAAGGCGGACUCAACUGUAGCCGUUUGCUGUUUUAAGAUUUUUGUUAUGCUCGUAAGCGAUGAUCUCGGAUUUCAGGGGAAAGAGUGAGGGGAAGAGAGAAAGAAAAGGAAAAAGAAAAAGAAAGAAAGAACGAAUGAAAAACUAGAUACUCUAAAUUUUGUUAUCGAAAUGCUUGCAUAUCUCUAUUUGUCUACUGAUUAUUAUUGGUGUAGUAGAGCCUUUGCCUUGCCUUCAAUGGGAUGUGAAUUUUUUUACUUGUAUUCAGGAAGAAGGCUUCGC